AUGGCGACGGUACCGCAGCGCGAAACUUCGACGCUGGAGGAUAUUCACGGAGCUCUGGUGGCCGAAAGAUCCAAAAAGGCCUACGCGUCAGGCAUCCGUCAAGUCGUCAAGUGGAUUCAGCAGACCAAUCAAGCCGAUGCUCUGCUGAGUGCCGACGGCUCGAUCAAUCUGGCAGCGUUUUCGUACGACGACUUUGUCCGGUUUAUCGUCUGGACCAUGCAGAACACUGCUGUGAAGGCAAGCACGAUGUCCGGCUACAGGUCGGCAAUGCGAAACUACUACAAGAUGCAAAAAGUUCCGUUGCCCUCACAGUUUGACGGUGAUUUAAAAGACGUGUUCCAAGCUACAAGUGAGCAGACCACUUCUGUGAAGGACAGCGGUAAACGACCACUCGGGUAUGGAGCGUACGAUGCUCUGUGCCGCACAACGAUAUUGGCAAUGGAUGCUGGUUUCCUGCACCUCUUCCUUGUGUUGUCCUGGAACCUCAUGGCGCGCUCGAAGUCAACCGAAACAAUACAGCUAGGGCACUUGUCGUACGAAGAGGACGCAGUUGGAAUCACGUUCUUCAAGUCCAAGACAGACCAAGAUGGGAGCAAGCGUCGUGACCCGCGGCACAUCUACGCCAACCCACUUCAGCCACACACGUGCGCCUUUCUUGCGCUUGGAUUGUACCUUGCCUGCAACCCGAUGCUUGCCGCUGGUGCACUCUUUCCCGGCUCGUCUCAGCGAACGAGAUUUGGCAAAGGCCUGAAACUGGCACUAAUCGAAGACAAUCCUGUCGGCAGCAGUGAAAUUGGCACCCACUCGAUUCGUAAGGGUGCGGCCACGUUUGUUUCAUCUGGCAGUACGGGUGGCCCUUCGCUUGUCAGCAUUUGUCUUCGUUGCGGCUGGUCGCUGGGCAGCGUGUUUGAGCGGUACAUGCACUAUGAGCGUGCUGGCGACCAGUUUGUUGGCCGGGUUGUUGCAGGCCUACCACUCAACCAAGCCAAUUUUGCUGUCCUGCCGCCGCAUUUUGUCGAUAACAACAGCGACGCUGUCGUCGCCGCACUGGAUGUCACGUUCCCCACACUGUCCAAAGUAGCCUCAAUGCGUGGCAUCCUGGCUCAUGGCAUGGCCUCGCUUGUGCGCCACUUCGAUUACGUGGUUGAUACCCUUCCGGCCAAACACAUCGUUUUUGGCACGCCCAUCUUCCGCCAACCCCUGAUGCUCGAAGCGCUCAAAGCAGAGCUCGCCACGACAAACCAGCGGCUGCAACCAUCUGGCAUCCCACCGUAUAUCGAAGUUUACAGACUUCUGGAGCACCAAGGCUCGUCUAUCGACGCCAUGCCCAGAAGCAUAGUCGAUCAAAUGCGGGGCAUGCUCGACGAGCGUGAUGUGACGCACGGCACUAUCACUAGCGUGCUAAUCAAACAAACAAUAGUGGAUGCGCUGCAAGUACUUGGGGUUGGACGACACUUAGACGAACCUCCAUUACGCCGGGAAGACGAGCAAGGUCAGCGAGUUACGUUUCUGUAUUCGUGGGGCGGACGGAUGCACAAGCUUCCAGAGGGAUUUGAAUUUCCCCUCGCCGACACAGCAACAGCUUGGUCACUUUGGUGGCUAGGUAACGAUCGUUUGAAAUAUGUCCCGUACAACGCCAUCGAUUCGCGCGACCUCGGCUCCAAGAAGCAGCGGCGAAUAUUAUCAGAAUGGAAGCUAGUCAUGACGGAGUUGGCCGAUCGAUACAUGGAGUGUUGUGGCUGUAGCCUACCUGCAAGUUGGAACGAACGCAAAGCUGCCGAAUCGUUCGACGUCGCCGUGCGCGGCUUACAUCUGCUUCUUUCAACAACACCAAUGGAACGCCAACGUCGCUUCGGCCAGCUCAAGGUUGUGACGGUUGCUCGGCUCAUUCGUCAACGUCGGGGUGCAAAAACAAGUCGACCCUAUCAAAAGAGAAAGCGCAGCGAAGCUCCUGGUACGACUUAG